AUGGACAAUAACUCAAAAAAUAUAUAUAUUUUCACUGUUCUUUUCAACUUAAACAUAGUGCUAGGAUCAGCCAUAGCUGCCCCAUCAUGUUUCAGCAAAAAUCAGCUACCAAUAGAGAUAUAGGAUGGUCAAAAUACAAAUUAGUCAUUUACAUCGAUUGCCUACCACUCCAUAAAUAAUUACUUUGCAGUAGGUGGAGUAUAUGGAAAAGAUUAAAUGAUUGGUCUAUACAAUGAGGCAAUAGAAUUUCAGCAAAGCAGUAGUAUUAUUAGUUUGAUAAGAACUUAGCCAUAUGAUUAGAUCUCAGGUCUAGAUUAAACUGAUUUUAUCUUACUUAAAAAUGAUUUGGCAGGUACUAUCAAAUAUUCGUCUUCAAUUCCUAAUGCAGGCGUUUUCAAAAGAUUGAUGCCCAAUAUCAUGAGUGAUCUCUUUGAAAUAAAACAGUAGCAUUCUUUGAAGAACUCAGUAUCUACUUACUUUUACUCGCUAUACUUUGUACCUUAAAUUGAUGAUGUUUACUUAUGGGGCAAAGCUAUUCCUGCUCAUGCUUUGGUAGAUUAUGAUGUCAUUAUUCCGUUGAUAGAAUAUGCUGAUGAGUUUAAUUACUUGGUAGGAUGCUUAGAAGCUUAAAAUACUACAGAGGCAUUUUUUGGAGUAAUUAUCCAUUAAACAUCUACUUUAGAGAAUAGAAUUUUAUAUAGGAAUGUAAAGGAACAUUAAAAUCAAGCUGGAUUCAUUUGUUUAGGAAUAGCUGUUUUUACUAGUGAUAGCAUAGUGGUAUUUUUUAGACCUAGAAUCCUAAAUAAUGAUGACGGAUUACAUUUCUUGCAAAUUUAUAAUGAUCCUUUUGCUAAGUCUCUGUUACUUCUUCUUCAAACUAACAAAUAAAUCCUAGCACUCUAAUAGUAAUAAAAGAUCUAAUGCCAUAUAUCAAUCUAUGGGAAUAUCAAGAUUUAGUGA